AUGAAUCCGCCCAGUUGGAGAGAAGAGCUGGGUAGUUUAAAAGAAAACCAAGCAAUAUAUUACAACUACAAAAUGUUGGACUCUUCUUAUAUUAACGUUUACGUGAGAAGUGCAUGGCUCCUUUUGGACGGAGAUGUAGAGAAAUCCCGAUUGUAUGAGCAGUACCUUUGCUCAUUAAUUAACACCUGCCAAUUUACAAUGCAGAAUUUGGUGAUAAGCUUGUACUUCUUGCACAAAUAUACCAAAAACCAGGUGAAUAGCAGUGACAACGAGUCAAAUUUGACGAUAUACCUCGUUUUGACCUCGCUAAUUCUUUCCAAUAAGACUUUUGAUGAUCAGUCUUACACAUUAAAGACCUGGAACAAUAUAUGCAAUGGAAUUAGUAAAACUACCACACUGGGAGAUAAGUCUAAAGACAACUUGAAACUUGUAACGAUUGACUUUAAAUUAUUGAAAAGCUUGGAACUCCACUUCUUGAGCUGCUUGAAUUAUAGCUUAAGCUUCUUAAAGAUUGACGUUGACGACUCCUUCUGGGGUAGAUUGUCCUCUGUAGGCUACAAGUGGAUGAAAGUGUUGAAGGAUUCCGUGUGUAGGACUCAAUCCAAUCUGCCAGAAGUUGUAGCACCAACCAGCAUGCCACAAGAGGCACCUGCUACUCCAUCUACUAAUAUUACCUCAAUGCCUACUACAGCGGCCAAGCAGCAACAGUUGUACGGCCCUAGCCCAACGUCAAACUUGACUACGCCGUUAUCCAAGUUAACCAACUCUCCAUUCAUUACACCAAUGAACUCAUAUUUGUCGCCGUUAACACCGAUCACACCUCUUACCGAACAACCGCUAUUCAAGAAGCCCAAGUACAAGCAGUUUGCACAUCAAAUACCACAGUACCUCCAGCCGCCGUACGUAGUUCCCCAAAGCCAAUUUACAUUUGAGUACAAGCCCCCACAAAUGAUGUUAACUCCAAUGUGUAACGGGGGAUAUAUGGCUUUGAAUGGCGUAGACAAAUUCGAUACAACUAGCAUUUCCUACAUAUAA